AUGGAUUCAUCUGGCAAUACUGGUUCGGAACAAUGGAGAAAGAAAAAGGUUUUCAAGAGUAAAGAAGAAUUGCUCAGUUGUAUAGGAGCUAUUGGAAGGAAAAAUGAUUUUGUGAUUGUCAUCAAGACAUCGGACUAUGGUGGUUCUCAUAGGACACCAAGGAUAUAUCUUGCAUGUACAAAGAAAUGUGGGUGUCCUUUUGAGUUGAGGGCUCAUAAGUUGAUGGCUGAUGAUGCUUGGAUGCUAGAUGUAGCAUAUGGAACGCAUAACCAUGCUCCUGCUAAACAUUUUGAAGGACAUUCAUUUGCAGGUAGAUUAUAUGAGGAAGAAACAUCAUUAUUAGUGGAUAUAUCCAAAAGCAUGGUCAGACCAAAAGAGAUUUUGGUUACCUUGAAACAAAAGGAUGCUUUGAAUGUAACCACUAUGAAAACAUUUACAAUGUACGUAAUAGGAAUAAUGUUAUUGAGAAAGCUGGGAGAUCACAGAUGCAACAGUUGUUGGGUGAAUUAG